UUUGGUUUUAUAGAUUUAUACCACUGUUUCCUUAUGUACACAAUUAAAGUGCCCAUUGAGUAGUGAAUUGUGUUAUGAAUAUAUUCCAUUAAUAUUGCAAUGUGUUGGAAAACGUGGGCUUUUACUUUGAAUGUUUGCUAAUUACCAUACGAAAAGUAACGUCGUCGACUGUGCUGCUGGCGUAACGAAGGUCUGCGAACUACACGGCUAACAUGGAGAGAAAAGUUCUUGCACUUCAAGCGAGGAAGAAGAGAGCGAAAGCAAAGAAGUCCAUCAAGAAGCAGCCGGCCCACUCCAGAGGGGCCGCAGCACAGCCGCAGCCCCAGCCAGAGGCCUCGCCGCAGGAGCCCGAGGAGCCCGAGGAGAUCUUGGGCUCUGAUGACGAGGAGCAGGAGGACCCCAACGACUACUGCAAGGGUGGCUACCACCAUGUGAAGAUUGGAGACCUGUUCAAUGGGAAGUACCAUGUAAUCAGGAAGCUGGGCUGGGGACACUUCUCUACUGUGUGGCUGGCCUGGGACAUUCAGGUGAAGCGGUUUGUGGCCAUGAAGGUGGUGAAGAGUGCAGAGCACUACACGGAGACAGCCGUGGACGAGAUCAAGCUGUUACGAUCUGUGAGGAACACUGACCCGGGGGAUCCGAAGAGGGAGAUGGUGGUCCAGCUGCUGGACGACUUCAAGAUCUCCGGGGUCAAUGGGACUCACGUGUGCAUGGUGUUUGAGGUCCUGGGGCACCACCUGCUGAAGUGGAUCAUCAAGUCCAACUACCAGGGCCUUCCUCUUCCUUGUGUCAAGAGCAUCAUACGUCAGGUUCUCCAAGGCUUGGACUACCUUCACACGAAAUGUAAGAUAAUCCACACGGACAUCAAGCCGGAGAACAUCUUGUUGACGGUCAACGAGCCCUACGUCCGGAGGUUGGCCGCGGAGGCCACCGAGUGGCAGAAAGCUGGGGCCCCGCCUCCCUCUGGGUCAGCAGUCAGCACGGCGCCGGCUCCAAAAGCAGCGACCAAAAUGUCCAAGAAUAAGAAGAAGAAGUUAAAGAAGAAACAGAAGCGUCAGGCAGAGCUGUUGGAGAAGUGUAUCCUGGACCUGGAGGAGAUGGAGAAGGCUCCUGAGAGGGGUGAGGAGGAGGAGGCGGCGGCCGUGGAGGAGGAGGAGGAGGACGACGACGACAGAGAUGAUCCGGAGUCUCCGGUGAAGCUGGAGCGGCGGCCAUAUUGUCUCCCUCACCGACACGCCCCCCUAGUGGAGGCUGCCGGCGGGAACACAACAGAGUGCAAUGCAGGUGCGGAGGUGACGCGGUUAGCACCGGAGGAAACGGGUGAGGUGAACUGUAACGGCCUUCAUCUUGAGGAAGACAAGGAUGAAACUGAGGAGGGCAGCGCACAGUGGAGGGACGAAGACCAUCACAAUGGAAACUCAGACCCGGCAUAUGUUCCCUCUCUCCUUCCGGAGUCCAAGCAGUCGAAAGGACAGGACUCAAAUCGCCAGGAGUCGCCACCGAGUCAGCCGGUUUGCAACGGCCUGGCCCCUCCUGAAAAGGAUCAGGGAGAGGAGCUGGCCGACGGGGGAGUAGUCCGGAAGCUCCCGGAGACCGAGUCGUCAGGCUUCACGGACCGUGAGGACGGAGAGCUGUCUCCAGAGAAGGAGCAGACGAAGAGCCAGGCCAGACACCCGGAAAUGGCCCGGUGUGAGGAGGAGGCCGGGGAGGAGGCGCUGGAUAACAGUGGUGGAGAGCAGGAGAGCCUGAAGGAUGCUAAACUAGCGGCAGGAAACCUCCUGGUCAACCCACUGGAUCCACUGAACGCAGACAGGCUGAAGGUCAAGAUUGCGGACUUGGGGAACGCCUGCUGGGUGCACAAGCACUUUACAGAAGACAUCCAGACGAGACAGUACCGUUCUCUAGAGGUCCUCAUUGGGUCUGGCUACAACACGCCGGCUGACAUCUGGAGUACAGCCUGCAUGGCAUUUGAGCUGGCCACGGGGGACUACUUGUUUGAACCCCAUUCCGGGGAAGAUUACUCCAGAGAUGAAGACCACAUUGCAUUGAUCAUUGAGCUGCUGGGGCAGGUCCCGCGUAAACUCAUAACGGCGGGGAAAUAUUCCAAGGAUUUUUUCACCAAGAAAGGGGACCUGAAGCACAUCACCAAGCUGAAGCCAUGGGGGUUACUGGAGGUCCUGCAGGACAAGUACGAGUGGCCCAGGGAGGAGGCUGAGUGUUUCGCCGACUUCCUCCUUCCCAUGCUGGAUCUGGUACCGGAGAAGAGGGCCACUGCCACGGACUGUCUACGCCACCCAUGGAUCUCCCCCCAGUGACCCCCUGCCACACCACGCGACGCCGAACACAUUGGGCCCCACCCCCCCCCACCCCCACCCACCCCCGUGGCAAGUUCUGGAAUAUUGCUGGUGGAUGUCAUGACUGGACAUGAAAGUGAUUCCUUUUUUUCUACGCGUCACAGACAGAGAGGCAUGUUUGUUCUACGUUACGUUUCUGUCUGAGGUCUAUUCAGAACGGGAGCUCUGCUCAGUACGCGCCCCCCCUGGCUCUAGAUCUCCCUCCAAUGGUGGUUUCUAACCAAUGCGAUCUUAAACCCAAGGGCCCACGUUCAGUAUGUAGUCGCGGGAUGUUCAUGUAUGGACGUAUGACAGGUGUCGAACAGUUAAAUGUUCAUCUGUCAGGAGAGGGAAUUAUGUCAUAUUCCUUUCAUAUAGUUUUCUAUCUGCAGUGCUGCAUUUGACCUUUGUCAUUUGGCUGACAUAUUUAUCCAGUGUCUGUUAGAGAAUCAGCAAAAUUACUAAGAAGUGAAAAUGAUGUACAAAGAGCAUUUCACUUUCCUGAAAGGACAUUGUAUGAAUGCCCUCUGGUGGCGGUCUCAAGCCACUGCAACGCAAAUGUAAUCCCUUACCAGAGACAUAGCAACAGAUCACUUUCCAAUUCAGGCAUAUCUGAGAUAAGAUGACUAUUUAUUUCUUUUUCAUUUGUUUGUGUUUAUUUUCUUACAUUUUGACCUUAUUGUCAUUCAGGACUUGUGCGUAUGUAUGUUUAUUGACUUUACAUUAACUAUCUAUAUAUUGGUUUAUUUUUUUCCUUUCCUUUAUCUUUCCUUUGUACUGACAAUGUGUUUAAGGUUUUAAGAAGCCAGAAAGCAACUUGGGUUUAUGGUCAGUCAUUUUUGCAGUGCAGAAUUCUGUGCUCGGUUGACUUUUCACCUCGAGAAGAGGAAUUAUUUUGUAAUAGUUGUUCAUGUUGUGACUCUUCCCACCAUCUUGUUUCGUUCUGUACUGGACAUUGAACCAAUCAAGAUCAGAAACCUUAGCCUUUAGUACCCACAAAUUUUGUAAUCUGUCUCUGUUAAAUGACUUGAUACCACUUGGUUUUCUCUGAUAAAUGUCUUUAGUGUGUUCACUUUCAGGUAGCACUUCCUCCUUGUACCUCCUUUUCACCCUUUGGGUCUUCUUUGUUUUAGCUUGUCAUUGGGAUGUUGCACUUAGGACAGAUGAACAGACGUGUAGAUGGCUCUCCCACUGUUUUCAAUUGAGUUGUUUCCAGGUCUUCAUGACGUCUGCGACAUUUCAGAUGGCGCCAGUAAAAACCCAAAUAUGAACUGAACUUGUGUGUUCAGAAUCUGUUUGGAAGAAAAAAAGAAAAAAAGAAUGCACUCAUUGGAUGGAUUGUGUAUUUGAAUAAUAAUAUUUUUAAGAAAACCCCAUAGCAAAAGAAAGUUUGAUGGGGGAAAUAAAAAACCAGCCAUGUGUGUCUGUAUAUAACCUGAACCAAAGUGCUUCCGGUCAUCUUUUAUUACAGCCUUGGACAGUCUUCAGCAAAGCUCCCAGGGCGUGGUCAGAGUGGUGCCCCCUUGUAGGGCAGCGGUUGCCAACUGUAACUCCUAGCUAAAAGUCCUCUUCCUGCAGUACCCCUGAAGGUACCCGUCUGUACUUCUGACCUGGUUGGGAACGGCGGGUGUAAGGGGCAUUGAGGAGGGUGGUGGUAGUGCUUCACAUUGACGAUGGGGUGCCGUUUUGGGACGAUCCUUAGCAUGUUUAGGUGAAAUUAUUUAGCUAGAUAGCAAUGUUUUAAUAAAGCAUUUGGAAGAAG